GGUCGAUCCCCUCCCACAGUCGCUGCCCUCACGGCUGUGGUGCAGCCUUGCUCAUUGACUACGGAACCACUACUGCGUAUGCCGGAAGAGAAUUAUCCAGAGCUGGACAGGCAAAUGCCACAAAGAUCAGGAACUUCUGACGCAGUUUUAGAUACAGCGUGGGAGCAAGUCUCAACGUGGUCUAGUUGCCUCGAAUGGUCGCCCGCAAAGGAGGUUACUUUUAUGCCGGAAUCCGAUUUUCCUAUAGCAGAAGAUCCACCACUCAGCCCAGAUUCACUGGUUCCUGGCUACCCUGCGCCGGAGAAUACUGCACAGCGGCAGCAGACGGUGCCUCCCAUCGUCGAUGGAUUCCCCCCCCCGGGUUUUCUUCUCACUCCACGGUUCAACUUGACCCACAAUAUUCGGUCAAGUAGUCAUACCUCCGAGAUUGCUGUGGAAGAGCAAUCUUCGUGCUCAUGCGUAAACUCUGCUGUCUUAUUGCUAGAUGAACUGCAGGCGCCACACCGUAACGGCGGCGGCUCUGGCGAGCAGAGUCUCGAGUGCAUCCUCUCGAUUUACCAGGAGGUGCUCACCCUAAGCAAGCGCAUGAUCAACUGCGACACUUGCCGAAGGAAGUCGGAGAAUAUGAUGGUUCUUACUAUGGUGUUGGAAAGAUUAGCCAUUCUGUGUAGGGAAGUGAUUGAUGCUUUUAUCGUCCAACGAGGAGCCAGUGUCAAUGUCAAUGCCAAUGUCAACCAGCCGCAGCGGUUGAUCUUGGGCGAGUACCAGAUCGAGGGCGGAGACUAUGAGGUCAUGAUGGGGAUGCUAGUGACGAGGCGCCUGUCGGAGUUGGAAGACCUACUAACCUGUAUGAGGACGAUCAGUGCCUCCACCCGCCGCCCUCACCAGCAGGCCAGAUUGAUGCGCGUUGGUCAGCAUGUUGAAGACUUGUUUUCAAAGCUAGCAUCUAUCUGUCCUUCGGUCACCGAAUGGAAUGUUGAU